GUGGAUACACAGGACCCUUUUUUUGAAGCAUUGCUUCUCAAGUCUCUCCGCCUCUUUGUCCGAUGGCAUCCAGCCCAGGUCCGGUACUGCCCGACGCCGGACUGUCCAACAAUCGUCCCCGUUACUGAGAACGGGGUUGUUGUGACCUGUCCUGGCUGUCGGGCAGCGAUAUGCACCACCUGCCAGGCCGUCAGUCAUCAGGGCGUCUCUUGUGACGAAAUAGGGGCAAUAAGGGCC